UAAAAAUAUGUAUGUGAACUCAAUAAAUGAAUAGAACAGUGUAUGCUUCAUCCAGACGAAAUUCGCAGGAGAAAAAAAUAUUGUGUUUGAAUUAAUUCUUGUGGUGAAUCAUUGUGAACUAAGUAUAGUGUGAAAAUUAAAAUAAAAGAAAAUGAAGUUUCAUAAUAAUUCACAUUCUGUUCGAACUUUAUAAAUCAUUUAUACUUGACUUAUUAGUGUGGUUACUUGUGAAUAAAUUGAUCAACAUGAGUAGAAAAGUGCCUUUGGAAGCAGUCCGGAAGCAAAUAAUCACCUUAUUCCCAGUAUACAUGAUCGUAUUUGUAAUGGGCUGUGCCGACGGAUGGCUUCCAAAUGCCAUGUACUUUUUCUUAGCAGGCGAAGAGGUUCAUGCGACAACUUCACAAUGCUCGAUUAUUUCACUGGCCACUGAAUUUGGAAGAAUUAUUUUCGCAAUACCAGCAGGAAUUUUGGUAGAUAAAUAUGGCAGGAGAAAUAUCGCUGUAUGCAUUGCUUUUUUAUUUUUUUCUGCCUGGGUGGGGAUUUCAUUAAGUGGAUCUCUAGUCACCAUUUACACAGGAAGAUUCAUCAUAGGACUAGCAGAAGCAAUGAUAUACGCUACAUCGCUUGUAGCAAUCGGUGAAGUGGCAUCUCCAGAAAUUCGUGGUCAAUUACUGAGCAUAGGUUUAAUUUGCAUCAACAUUGGUCUACUAUUACCAUCCAUCAUGAGCGUAAUAUUCGCCUCGUAUAGAGUUCUAUCUUGGGGUAUCACAAUUUUCACCGGGAUCAGUCUUUUAUCUAUGUUUUGGAUGACCGAGACACCGAGUCAUUUAGUCAGCGUAUCGAAACUCAAACAAGCCAAAAGCAUCCUUCACAAUAUUAGAAAGGGAUACAAAAAACACGAGAUAAACGAAGAAUUUGAAGAACUCAAGAAAUACAUCGAAGAUGAAAAAACUCGACGGAACGAGCUCAGUUGGCUGAAAUUCCUUAACACAAAAUCCAUCAGGAAACCCUUAAUAACGGGUAUUUUGCUCAACGUGUUCUCAAUUCUGACCGGAAGUGUUUUGAUAAAAAUAUACAUCACUGCUAUCAUUCCAUUCAACGAUUUCGUACCGAAGAAAUUCUAUCCUCUGAUUAUCCAAAGCUGCUUACUCUGUAUCGCUUUCAGCACAACGUUUUACAUCGAUAAAUUCCCUCGAAGGAUUAUUUUCCUCUUUGGAGCUUCAACGAUGGCCAUAGUCAAUGCGAUCUGUGCUUUGGCAAAUUAUGUUGCUACGAUGGAUCAAAAUCAGCAUGUUUUCAAGUGGAUUUUUAUUCUCGGUAAUAUGCUAUCGGUGAUUUGUUAUGGGGCUGCGAUUCAGCCUGUGAAUAGCGCUCUCAAAGCUGAACUUUAUCCUCAAGCGAUGAAAGGAUUUUGCGGAUCUCUUACGAUUAUAAGUCAGGCGUUAUCUUUCAUAAUUGCGUUCCAAUUGUACAACUUGAUCAGAAGUUACUGCCAUCUUUCUUUAUUGUACGUGAUAUUUUCGAUCAACUCGUUAAUAUUGUGUUCAAUUAUAUACUACUUUUUGCCAGAGAGUCGAGGAGAGUCUCUGGUUGAUUUGCAAAAGAAAUUCAACGAGGAAAUUGUCUCAUGUGAUGACGUAAGUGUCGAAAAAAAAUGAUGAAAGUAUUUAGAAGGAUCAGACUUGAGACGCGAUUCCGAAUCGCGUUUCGGAAUUGCGGGAAUCAAGAAGUAAAUAUUGUGAGUCUGAUUCCAGAAUCCGAAUCUUCUAGAAGAAGAAUCGCAUGAAAGUUUUGUGACUUUUUAACAUGGAACUAUUGCCAUAAAACUACCACAACCAUGUUCAUUUUCAAAAUUUUCUGUACCUAUUUGAUUAUUAGCUAGAAUAAAACAAAUACUUAGCGUUGAGAAUCAGAAAGGAAUCGUGCGAGUGGAAUCGUAAGAGAAUCUCGACUGACUUCAAUUUUCAGGGAAUCGGAUUCAGAGUCGCGUUUCUCAGACGUGAGAAGUUGAAUCGUUCCAGGGUUCGAUUCUUUGGAUCACAGGAAUCAAAUUGAAAGAAUCCGAAUAAUCCGAUCCCGAACGACUCGGAAUCGCUCCCAGUACCUGACGUGGAUACGCAUUUACUUACCAAGAAAAUUUUGCUUUGUUGUUUUUGGUUUUCAAAUAAAUCAUAACUUUUUCAAGCUAA